AUGACUAAAGCUUCCAAGAAAGAUAAGAAGCCAUCCUACACCACCACUACAACUAAGACAGGUGAACAAAUAAGAGUCUUUGAAGAUUUAGAGACCUUUGAAACUUUCAUUAAGAAUGAGACUGAAGAUGAUGAAUUUGAAAACUUGCAUUGUGUUUGUAAUUAUUAUCCACCAUUUGUUUUGCACGAGUCUCAUGAUGAUCCAGAAAAGGUAAAAGAUAGUGAGAAUUCUCAUAAUAAGAAGUUCGUUAGACAUCUACAUCAACACGUUGAAAGACAUCUUUUGAAAGAUAUCACCAAGAGUAUCGGUUUGCCUGAUAUGAAAUUCCAUGACAAGACGAAGGAUGAAAACUUUGAUCAUAUAACGUGGCACUAUGCUGAAGACACAAAAUACAACAAUAAACCUUUUAAAGUUAUUGUUGAGGUUACUUGUCAUCACGAUAAUGCCAUGGUUUCUGUUGAUUAUAAGACUAUGCCAUUGUAA